AAUUCUCAGCCACACAAUCACAUCUCAGCCACCACAAUUCAUCCUGCUACAUGUCGUCUUCCCAUUGGUUGCAGAUUUCCACUCAGCACUCUGUUUGUCUGAAGAAAAAAAAAAAGAGCCCAAUUACAUGACAUCUCUUUUCACGCCUUGCCCUCCAUUCAACCAUAUCCCCACCAAAAGAAACCAAUUUGGCAUAAACCCUUCACUUGUUAUGGUUGUUGAACCCUUUUCAUCAAUUUUUUGAGCACCAGACUCUAUUUUUGCUGCUCAGAAUUAUGCCAUGGAAGCCCUCAAUGCAGCAAGUUUGAGCCCUUUGGCUGUUCUUUCCGAUAGAAAACGAGAAACCAAGAAAAUCCCCUUUCUCCCAUCUCCUUCCUCCUCCAAAUCGCCAAAUGCUGCCGGGUUUCCCACAAUUUCACCAACCCCACAAGGGAUUUGUUCAUCAAGAACCUUUCAUGGAAGUCUAGUGCUGCUAUCUUCAGUGCUUAAUGCUGGGGUUGCGGGUGCUAUUACGUACGAGGAAGCUCUCCAACAGUCCGUGAGCACUUUUUCAUCGGGGGACUUGGAUUUAAAUGGGGUUCUUGAUGGGAUUAUAAAUUUUGGGACAGAGAAUCCUGGAAUCGUUGUUGGUGGUGCUGCCAUUUUGGCACUCCCGUUGUUCUUCUCUCUUUUUACUGGGAAAUCUAAGCCAUGGGAUGUUGAAUCCGCCAAAAUUGCUUAUGUGAAAUUGCGCGAUGAUGCUAAUACUCAGCUACUUGAUAUUAGAGCGCCGGUUGAACUUAGGAAAGUGGGUAGCCCUGAUAUUCAAAAGUUGGGCAAAAAGCCUGUGUCCAUUCCUUACAAAGGUGAAGAUAAGCCUGGUUUCUUGAAGAAGCUUGCUUUGAAGUUCAAGGAGCCACAAAACACCACAUUGUUCAUCUUAGACAAAUAUGAUGGGAGCUCAGAACUUGUUGCAGAGCUGGUCACUGUCAAUGGAUUCAAAGCUGCUUUCGCCAUUAAAGAUGGUGUGGAAGGACCUCGAGGAUGGACGAAUAGUGGCCUUCCUUGGUUAACACCAAAGUCACCUUUGAGUAUUGGCAGUCUAACAGAUGCCAUUGCUGGUGCACUUGGAGAGGAUUCUGAAGAUUUUCCUGCUGUUGCUGCUGCUUUUGCUGUAGCAGCUACUGGAAUUGGUUUAGUGGCUUUUACUGAGAUGGAAACUGUUCUUGAGAUUCUGGGUUCAGCUGCAAUUAUUCAGUUUGUGAGCAAGAAACUCCUAUACGCUGAGGAUCGGAAGAAAACAAUACAAGAACUUGAUGAGCUCUUAAACACCAAGGUUGCCCCACAAGGACUGGUUGACGACUUGAAGGAUAUUGGAAAGGCUCUAUUACCAUUACCUGCUACGAGCAAGGCACUUCCAGCACCAGCAGACUCAGCUGAAGCUGCCCCUCUACACAAAGCAGAAGCUGUUGAGGCUGCUCCUGAGAUAAGUCCGGUGGAGGCGAAACAAGAAGUAAAAGCAGAAUCAUCGCCCCCAAUCUCGAGGCCACUUUCUCCAUAUCCUUCUUAUCCAGAUUUCAGGCCUCCGACGUCUCCUACGCCAUCGCCGCCAUGAUAACCGAGUUUAUAUCAGGGAGAUAUGGUGACCCAAAAGUAUCCUGCUUUGCUUUGUUUUUGAUAUUGGAAGUCAAUGAAAUUGUAGUUAUUUAGUGAGUCUCAACAUUGACCUCAAAACUUUUGUAAUGAAAAAGGUUGGGUUAGUACCAAAUUCAGUUUAGUUUACUUCAAAACCAUAAUGAUAGAAGAUUGAUGGCAAGUAGAGCUUCAACUUU